AUGACCACUAACUCUUUCAAUCCAAUCAGUACAACUGCUGCACCUAAUGGAAAUGGCUCCAAGAAUAGUGACAGCAAUGGUGGGCUUAACAUCAUGUCUCUCAUAAUUUAUUCCCUGGCUUUUGUCCUCGGUGUGCUCGGGAAUGGAGUGGUUAUCUGGGUGACCGGGUUCAAGAUGAAGAAAACUGUUAACAUAGUUUGGUACCUCAACCUUGCUGUGGCUGACUUCCUCUUCACUGCAUUUUUGCCCCUGAGUGUGACUUACACAGCUUUGGAUUUCCACUGGCCUUUUGGCAAGUUCAUGUGCAAGCUCAACACCACUAUCAGCUUUCUGAACAUGUUUGCCAGUGUCUACAUUCUGGUGGUGAUCAGUGUGGAUAGAUGUGUGUCUGUGGUGUGGCCCGUCUGGGCUCAGAACUACCGAAAUGUACGCAGAGCAUCCUAUGUGAGUCUGUGUGUUUGGGUGGUGGCUUUGAUUCUCAGUGCUCCAUACUUCAUCUUCAGGGACACUGAACAAGACUCUAACAGAAUGAUUUGCUUUGACAACUAUGCUCUUUCUGAUGACUAUGAAACACCAUCAGUGAAAAAGUUAAGGGAAUUUCGUCAUCAGGCCAUGACUAUCACACACGUACUCCUAGGAUUUGUUGUGCCUUUCACUUUCAUUGUCUUGUGUUAUGCUGUUAUAAUCCAUCGUCUCAGAAGAAACCGCACACUGGCCAAUCAGUCAAGUCGCCCCUUUAAGAUCAUCGCUGCCAUUAUCAUCACUUUCUUUCUGUGCUGGGCUCCCUUUCACAUCAUGGGUCUAAUUGAGAUGGCAUAUCACAUGCCAGAAUAUUCAAGUGAGAUAUUAGAUGAUAUCAUCACAAUUGGGUUCCCGAUAGCCACCAGUGUGGCCUUUCUCAACAGCUGCUUGAAUCCACUGCUGUAUGUGUUCAUGGGCCAAGAUUUUAAAGAUAAAGUCCGCAAAUCCAUCCUGAUUGUGCUGGAGAGUGCCUUCCAGGAAGAGGAGACACGCAAUUACACUUACACAAAGUCAGUGGACACCAGUCAGAACCAAGAGAAUUCAGAUUUGAAUACUGAGGUAUAAGAAAUGAAAUAAUUAAGCUGUAAAGCAUAUGUCAAAUUGCUUAUGGGCUUUUUACUACCUUAAGUAUGAUUCAGAUAUGUGAACUGUUUCUCCACUCAUACAUCCUAUAAUCACCACAUGUGGG